ACUUGUUUGUGUUAUUAAUUAAGUUUGUGUUGUUAACUGUUAUUUAAAAUGAUAAUACGCCGCAGCAAGUCGCAAUAAUAAAUAUUUUUCAGUCGUUAAUAAUAAAUAUUUUUCAGUCAUGGAUUUAUUAGAUACUCCUCUUGUUAGAUUUUUAGCUACUUUUACUGAAGACUUGUUAAAUGGCAGGUUUCCAGAAAAUGCUGAUCAAAAAGAAGCUCAUUGUUCAAAUUCAGAGAAAUCAUUGGAAUCUGGCAAAGAUGAAGAUUCGAGAGAAAUAGCAUUACCCAAAAAUAAAAAAAUAAUUAAAAGAAAAGGUUCAGAUUCUAGCUCUGAAAAAUUACCGAAACGAAAAUAUACAACUCAAAAGAAAAAUGAAUUGGACUCUAAACCAAAUUAUACUCAAAAUAGAGAACCUAAAUUGGUACAAGAAAGUGAAAAUUCCUUAAGAACUACAGAAAAUUUUGAAGAUAUUUGCAGAAUUAUAGAAAAUCCAAAGCUUGCUGGCAAUCAAAAUGAGGUUCAAGAAAAUAUUUCAAGUACAAACGAUCAAAAUAUUCGUCUGGUAUAUAUUCUAAGCAAGGAUUUAAAGAUGAAUGAUAUAGAACAUAAAAAGAGCAUUGCAACAGCUAAUGAAAAAUCCAAAGAUAAUACUCAAAAAAACAAUUCAACACGUACUGUUAAACAAAAUGUCUCAUUGGAAAAGCUUGCAAUUUCUAAUGCAGCAAAAUUUAGAGAGAAAGCAGGAAACAACAAUCAAGCCAUACACAUAGAAGAAUUAAAUGCAUUUGGAAAUAAAAGUGAAGCUGUAAAUAACAACGUGAAUCAAAAUAACAUUCAAAGUUCAACAAAUGUUAUAUUAAUUGAUGAUGAAGAAGAAACCACAGACAAAGGUGGACAGAUGCAAGUUCCAAGUUUAAUUGAUGACGUACCUGCAGCAAAUAAUGAAACUAGUAAUGCAAAUAAUUCAAAUACCACUGAGAAUAGUUUAUUUGAGGAUACAACUAACAAUACUGCUGUUGCUAAUGGAGAGCAAGUUUCUUCUGACGGUUUACAUAAAUCUGUAUCUGAAUUUAUAAAUGAUGGCAAAGAUUCAGAAAACGUUGUAUGUAGGAAAAUCCAAAGUACCGUCGAAGUAAAUACAACUGAGGAAAAUGAUGAUUUAAACAUGGACCUUGAAAUUGCUAAUGAAAAUUUAUCAAAUGAAGUUGAUAAAACUAUGGAACAGGGAAAUGAUAAAGAUAUUGGUGUCAGCAAAGCCUCUUUAAUAGCAGCGAGCACAAGUGACAAAACAGAAUCAACAAAAAAUUCAAAAGAAAUGAUUUCAGACAAUGAAAAAUUGUUAAAUCUCAUGGAUGAGAAAGUUAUAAAUGAAGAGCAUGAUGCACCUACAAAAGACACAGACACACAGUCGCAGGCGGAGUCAGAGUCUUCAGGUGCAGUGUGCGUAUAUGAUGAAAUGACACAUAUACAAAAUUUUGUAGAUAGCAUCAUAAAUAAUGGUUGUGAAAAAUUAGCAAAUGGGAACGCUGUCCCUAGCAUGAUUAAAGCAGAUUCAAGUUCUUCAAAUAAUUUGAACAUAAACAGAACAGAAACUAUAGGUUGUGAAAAAGUAUCAUCAAGUUUUGCUGAUGACAAACAAGUUUCGAGUACAAAUAAUAACAAACUUGAUCUUUAUUCUGAAUCCACUAAUGAAAAUAACUAUGCAAAUCAUUCAAAUACUCCUGCUAUUGAGGAAAACGUUGUUGAUGAAAGAACAUGUGAAUCUGAUUUUAACAAUACUAUGAAUAGUAAAUCGAAUAAUACCGAAGUUGAUACUAUAGAUAGUGCUAAAGUUCUUAGUAAAGAAAAUAAAAUCCUGCAGAUUGCUAAACCUGAAUCCACAGUUGAUAGAUGUUUAAAUGAUGAAUCAGAGUGCAUAAAUAUAUCAGAUACUGACGAUGAAGAAAAUUCAAAACAUCAAGCGUUUAUUAGUAACAAUCAAGAAACCAAAAGAUAUAUAUCAGCUGAUGAAAAAAUAUCCAAAGCUGUUUGUAUCAUUAAAAAAGAUUCCGUUCUCGAAGAGCUUAUUAGUAGAAACAAGAUAAAUAUAGAAUCAGGAGUAUCAAUUUCACCAACAGAAAUGAAUCUCGAUCUACCAAACUUAAAAUGCAAGAAAAUUUCAAAUGAAAGUUUAGAUGUGUAUAAAGAAAUAUUUUCUCAAAGUUUGGAGGAAGUUAAUCAAAUGAAAUCUAUUAGCAAAAUAUGUCCUAAAGAGCAACCCAAGAAUAGUAGUACGAAACAAUCACAAUUUUUAAGAAUAGAUGAUUAUAAUUCAGGUAUUAGAUGGAAGAAAGUUGAAAAAAUACAUGAAAAUGGCAGUGCAGCGUCAUAUAAGAAGCCCUCAGAAGAAACAAUACCUGCCACAACAGAAAUGAAUAAUUGUAGUACUAUGGACGUGGACUUGAAUGAACCCACUUCAGAUUUGAAUUGUUUCAAAAUGUUCUCAGCGUUCUCAUAUUCUAUUAAUAAGGGCGGUAAUAAAGAUAUUAUAUUUAUUGAAAGUGAAUCUGAUGUUGACUGUGAUAUCUGUACAAAAUAUCAAAAACAGGGUGGGCUCAGUUUAUAUACCGAUUGCAGAGUGUGCUGUGCUAAAUUUAAAGUUCCAAGUUCUUUAGAAAUACAUGAUCUCAAACAUACAUCUAGAUCAAAGAAAGUAUGUGAAGAUUGUAGAAUUAUUUAUGAAUCUGAUUUACAGAACAAUUGCAGCCUUUUCAAAUAUCAACGAAUUUUAGUUUGUUACAAAUGUAACGAUGAGACAACAGAAUUUGUUAAAGGGGAAAUUGAUAUGUUAUUACCAAAUCCUUUCAAAUGUGUUUGCUGUGGAAGGCAAUUUGAAAAAUUUGCAUCUUUUCAAUUACAUAUGAAUAGUCAUAAGCAGAAAUAUGAAUGUCCAAAAUGUUUUAAAUCUCGAAAAUCAAAGGUGACAUAG